AUGAAGCAACAACAAGAUGAGUUUCAUGAUAGCUUGGAUCAACUAGAGAAUAGAACCCCACCAAGAGAAGGAGGAGGAGGAGGGCCACAAAGGAAUGAAAGGAGAAUAGAAGGAGUAAGGUUGAAUGUGCCACCUUUCAAGGGGAGGAGUGAUCUUGAAGCUUACUUGGAAUGGGAGCUCAAAAUCGAGCAUGUAUUUUCUUGCAAUAAUUAUAGUGAGGAGCAAAAGGUAAGGCUUGCCGCAGUUGAAUUUUCUGAUUAUGCUUUAAUUUGGUGGAACAAGUUGCAAAGAGAGAGGAUUGGAGAUGAGGAACCUAUGGUGGACACUUGGGCUUAUAUGAAAAGGGUCAUGAGGAAGCGGUAUAUACCUUCUAGCUUUCACAGGGACUUAAAAUUGAAACUACAAAGACUUUCUCAAGGAAACAAGGGAGUGGAUGAGUAUUAUAAGGAGAUGGAGAUUCUUAUCAUCCAAGCCAAAAUUGAAGAAGAUCUUGAGAAGACCGUUCUUCUUAAGGAUAAUGGGGAGUACACAAGUGAUUCAGAUGAUGGUGAUGGAGAGGAAGAAAAGAGUGAUGGAAAGUUGAAAGCUAAUGGAGAGUUGUACAUGAUUAUGAGGAUGCUGGGAAGUCAAGUCAAGGCUGACGAUGCAUCUCAAAGGGAGAAUAUUUUUCAUACAAGAUGUUCAGUUAAUGGUAAUGUAUGCUUGGUAAUCAUUGACGGAGGAAGUUUUACCAAUAUGGUGAGUUCAAGAUUAGUGUCAAAGAUGAACAUGGACACUAAACCACAUCCUAGGCCAUACAAACUUCAAUGGCUUAGUGAAGGAGAAGAAGUCCAAGUGAAACAGCAAGCUAAAGUCUCUUUCUCCAUUGGGAAAUAUGAAGAUAAAAUCUUAUGUGAUGUGGUUUUCAUGGAGAUUAUAAAUGCUAACCAAUUUGGCAAAUUUGAAUUAUGCUCUAGUAUUAAGUCUCUUUUGCAAGAUUAUAAAGAUGUGUUUCCAACAAGUGUCCCUGAUGGUUUGCCACCUUUGAGAGUAAUUAAGCAUCACAUUGAUCUCAUUCUGGGAGCUUCUUUGCCCAAUAAGCCAGCUUAUAGGAGCAACCCACAAGAGACCAAAGAGAUUGAAAAACAAGUUACUAAAAUCAUGAGUAAAGUAUUUUUGGGUUUUGUUGUGAGUGCUAAAGAUGUACAAGUUGAUAAGGAAAAGGUCAAGGCCAUCCAAGAAUGGCCUAAACCUAAGACCAUGAGUGAGGGAGAGAAACAAGAGGAGGCCUUUGUUGCCCUUAAGCAUAAGCUAACUAAUGCACAUAUUCUUGUCAUGCCUAAUUUUGCAAAAUCUUUUGAAAUUGAGUGUGAUGCAUCAAAUGUGGGUAUUGACGUUGUUUUGCUACAAGAUGGAUAUUCAAUUGCUUAUUUUAGUGAAAAGUUAAGUGGGGUUGCCUUUAACUAUUCUACUUAUGAUAAGGAAUUGUAUGUUUUUGUUAGAGCUUUAAAGACUUGGCAACACUAUUUGUUAACCAAAGAAUUUGUCAUUCACAGUGAUCAUGAGUCCUUGAAAUACUUGAAAGGACAAGAUAAAGAAUCUGAUUUGAGGACAAAUCAUUCUCAAGAGGAAAAGAAUGAUGGAGAUCUGACAAUGAGCAAAGACAAGGAUCCACUUGAAGAACUUGGAGGACCUAUGACAAGGGCUAGAGUAAGGAAAGCAAAAGAAGCUCUACAGCAAAUGUUGUCCAUAUUAUUUGAAUACAAGCCCUUCAAGGAGAAAAGACUAAGGAUUUUAAUUGCAUCAUGGCCCAAAUGGAGGACUAAUAUACCAAUUUGA